UUGAACAUCAACAAUGAAUCCGAUAUCAAAAAUACGUUACUUCUUUACAAUUAUUUAUAGGAACGGUGGUGUGUGGAAGUCACUUUGUAAAUUGGGUCGAUUUGAUACUUUGAAGGAUGGUCGUUACGUAGGCUGCGAUGCUUUCGGCAAUCAAUAUUUCGAGAAUCCUUAUUACUUCCUCGGCCGAAGUCGCUGGGUUGAAUACAACAAGAGCGUUAAACUUGAAUAUGAUGCAACUCAGAUAACGCCGGAGUGGUAUGGCUGGUUACAUUAUAGAACAGAUUGUCUGCCCGACCAGGAUUGUCCGAAGUUUUUGCUCAAAUCGUCUUGCAGAAGCCAAUGUUGGCUACUGAAUCACGAAGAGAACUUGUCAGGCACCCCGUCGGCUUAUUACCCUUAUGAUACAACAAGGAGUCGCAUUGAACCUUGGGAUGGAACGUCAAUAUGCAGUCGCCGCUCAAAUUAAAGUUAAAAACAGCAAAAUUUAAAGAAUGUUUUCGUUAUCG